GUCAAUAUACGUGUUUUUGAACGAGUUUUCAAAUUAUACAGAAAUCAUGUUUAAGUUUGACUACUAUGUUUUUUUAGUGUGAUUUUUGAAUGUUGCUGUGAUUUUUAGUUAUACUCUCAUUUUUGUGAGUAGGUAAUUGGUAUUGGAAUAAUUUUCAAAUGACUGUUGCUACAAAUGUCUAUAUAUUAUAAACUUUAACUAUAGUUUCACUGUAUACCUAGUACACAUAAUACAACUAAAAUGAAAAUUAAACAAAUACAGUCUACUGUCGUGUCAGCAUGGUCACCAAAACCACAUCAAUCGUUGACAAUAGCUAUGGGCACUGCUGCACAGCAGUUGGAUGCUUCUUUUAACACAUCAUCUAAAUUAGAACUGUACACGGUUCAAUCUAAUGAUUUGAUACUUAAUUCAUCAAUAUCAACAGAUUGUCGGUUCCAUAAAUUGGCUUGGGGUGGAUAUGAGAGCUUUAAAGAAUGGAGUUCAGGUGUAAUUGCUGGAGGAUGUGACAAUGGUGUAAUUCGUCUAUAUGAUGCUUCAAAAUUAGCAUCGGAUGUCAACAGUUUAGUAGCAAAGAGUGAUCGUCAUAUUGGAUCAGUUAAAGCACUUGAUUUUAAUUCGUUUCAAUCUAAUUUAUUGGCGUCUGGUGCAUCAGAAUCGGAAAUCUUUAUUUGGGAUUUGUUUAAUAUGAGUACUCCAAUGACUCCUGGGUCAAAAUCAGACAUUUUAGAAGAUGUAAUUGACUUAGCUUGGAAUAAAGAAGUUCAACACAUUCUUGGUUCAUUAUUUCAUAAACAUGCUGUUGUAUGGGAUCUACGCAAAAACGAACCUAUUAUUAAAUUAACAGAUACUGACAACUCUAAAUUCAGAUGGAAAUCCAUGUCUUGGAAUCCCAAUAUUGCUACUCAACUGUGCAUUGCAUCAGAAGAUGACCAAUAUCCAGUUAUUCAACUGUGGGAUUUGAGAUAUGCAUCUUCUCCUGUUAAAAAUUUAAUUGGUCAUCAAAAAGGUGUAUUAUCGAUUGCAUGGUGUUCUAAUGAUGCAAAUUUAUUAAUCAGUUGUGGGAAAGAUAACCGAGUAUGUUUAUGGAACCCAAGCAGUGAAACAGAGGAAAACUUGUUAAUCUGUCAUCUAGAACAUGAUUAUCAAUGGAAUUUUGAGGUAAACUGGUGUCCAAAAGACCCAUUAUUACUGGAAACAUCAAGUUUUGAUGGAUACACAACUAUAUACUCUUUAAGUGACUUACAAAAACAUAAAACUAUCCAAAAUUAUCAAGAACACUCCAACGUCACUCCCAGUUUAAAAAAUGCUCCUAAAUGGCUGCGGAGAAAUAGUGGUGCCUCAUUUGCUUUUGGAGGUAAUUUAGUAUCAUUUGACGGUCCACUCAAAACAGUACAAAUCAACAAUACUAUAACUGAACCAGACUUAGUUGUGUGGUCCGAUAACCUCAGAAAAACAUUACAGGAUGAAAGUUAUGAAUUAUUUUGCAAGCAAAAAAGUGAAAUCACUCCUGAUAAUGCUCUUAAGCAAGUUUGGGACUUUUUAGAAGCUAUGUUUCAUGAAAAGCCUAAAGAAGCACAGUUAAAAAUUCUUGGAUAUUCAGCAGAAAAUGCUAUUGAUGUUGCCACACAGUUUUGUAGUAAAAAAAAUGUCAAUACAGAAAACCAACAUGAACUAAACAAAUUAGAAAACGAUUUAUCUACGUCAAACCUUCAAAAAAAUGUAGAUGAUAGUACUGUAUAUAAUUUUAAGAACAUCAACCUGCAAACUACUGGAAAUAAUUUAUUACAAAAUUCUAUUUGUCAAUUACUUUUGGUUGGAAAUACUUCAAUGGCUGCAGAUAUUCUUUUUGAUAAUGGUAAAACAGUUGAAGCACUAUUACUUGCUUUCACUGCAGAUCCUCAGACUUUAUCUAGAUUGCAAAAUAAGUAUUUUAAAAGUACUGAAGGAGCUUCUGCAGCACUUCUCUAUUCAAUCGUAACAGAUGAUUGGCAGAAUCUUGUUGAAAACUGCAAUUUGAGUUCAUGGAAAGAAGUAAUGGCAGCCUUACUCACUUACACAAAUGGGCCAAAUUUUGUUUCUAACAUUGAAAAACUUGGUUGUCGUCUUGCUGUUGAUUCGAACUAUUCACAAUAUGCAAAACUUUGCUUUGUUUGCUCGGGGAACAUUGAGUCUCUUAUUGACUACACAAAUAAUAUUGAAUCAGUUGAUAAAUUACAAGAAUGUGUAGAAAUGACAAUUCUAUUGUACAAGUCAUUAUUAUCAAAUAAAUCACAUUUUGAAGCCGGAUGUAAUUUUGGUCAAUUAAUAGUAAAAUAUUGUGAGAAUCUAGUAUCACAAGGGAACUUAAAUGGAGCAUUGGAAUUUUUAGAGCUAGCAAACAGUGAUGCUGCAAAGGCACUGAAAGAACAAAUAUUCAAAGCACUUGGAAAAAUGCCAAUAAAAGAUUACACAAAUCAGAUCCCACAAAAGCGAGAUAGUAUAGGUAUUCAAGAUUUAAGAAAAUAUUCAAUAUCAAGUGCUACUAGUACUGUAACUCCAGAACCACCUUUUCCAUCAUAUCCAAAGAAAAUGAUUCAAGAACCAGACACUUAUCUUAACUACAAACAACCAAUUUUAAAUUAUCAAUCUGUUCCACCUCAACCACUCUAUAGCUCAAAUAAUUCUCAACAACCAAACUAUAAUAAUACCACAACGAUGAUGCCACCUCAGUUGGGAAAUGCUUUAUAUAAUCAAACAAGUGUACAGCCUAAUGCUGUACCUUUAACACCUCCUUUAAAUUCUGAAAGCAACAGAUCUAUAACUCCAAGUAGUUUAAAGUCAGGCAAACCUAAGUAUUUAGUUGACCCUUCAGUAAAAGGAAAUAACACUUAUGGUGUUUAUAACAAUAACUCAGUCGGAACAACACAUCCUAUUAAUAAUUACAAUCAACCAUCAAAUCAUCUGAAUAAUAUGAACAAUCAACUAAGACCACUAACCAACUAUAAUAAUCAGUUGAAUCAACCAAUAACUUUUAAUCAACCAUUGGAUCAAUCACACAAUUUUACUGAUCCAUUAAGUCAUCCAAUUCAGCCUAACAACUUUAAUCCUCCUUUGGUACAAUCUAACCAUAUUAAUCAGUCAUCAAUAAUGCAACCUAUGUUUCAACCUGUUCAGAACCCGUUACAUAAUUAUUCCCAAAGAGCGAUUCCUCCAUCACCCAGUUUUAAUCAACCUUCUCUGAAUCAACCAACAGUAUAUAAUUCUGGAGUUUCAUCAGUUGAACCUCACUAUCCAUCUGUAUCUAAUAAUUAUGUUAAAAAACAAACUCCAGCUGGCUGGAAUGAUCCACCAAUGUUAUCAAGUUCACAAAAAAAACCACAAACUCCUGUGCCAUCAGCUCCAAUCACACAUCCAAUGUAUACAAAUAAUCCGCCACAAAUACAAGAAAUUGGAACAUACAUUCCACUUCGAGGCGAUCUGAAUGGACAAAAUAAUACUACUGAAAUAUCACAAGGUAUAGAAGCAACACCGAGGCAACCAAUUCCGCAAGAACAUAUUAGAAUAAAAUUAAUUUUAGAUGGCAUACAGUCACGAUUAUUGGAAUUAGCUCCUAGUCCACAAAACAAAAGAAGGGUUGCUGAUGUAUCAAAAAAAUUGGAUGUGUUAUACGAUUCUUUAUGUGACAAUACUUUAUCAGCAUACACGGUUCAAUGUCUUCAUAGCAUGCUGGAUUUGGUAUUGCAACAAAACUACAAUGAAGCAUUCAAUAUACAUACUCAAUUAGUUUCUGGCCCAGAAUUUUCAAAAAUAUCAACUUUUAUACCUUCAAUUAAAACUCUACUCCAAAUGACUUACCAAAAUAAUGUCAAUCUAGAAGGGUUGUAACAGUUAUGUUGUAAUUAUUUUUAUUAAAAAAAUGUUAAUGAAUUCUUAUUGAUAAUUAAUAUCUUAUAUUUUUUGGUUUUAUUAUUAUUAUUAUAAAAAAAUAUAUAUAUUUAUAUUACUGGUGA